CAGAGGCAAGUCGAAGGCAGACUGACCCGCGAUCACAGGCACUGCAGACAUGUUGACGGUUCUGGCUCUCAUGACACUACUGAUGGUCUCUGUUGAGUCGGAUCUCUCCAAUGAAGAGUGGAAGUCUCUGAGUAACCCACAGAGCCGGACCCUGUUUUUCCGGAUCUUGCAGUCGUAUCUUGAAGGUAGAGAGAGUGAAGCUCAAGCCAUGGGAAGGAAAACAAACCUAAAGGAGAACAAAAACAGCAACAUGGAAAACAAUGGUUAUGACAAAUACAAUCUCUUUCUUCACAAUGACAUUAAUGAUGUUUAAGGGAAGAUUUCAUCUGAAUUUCAUUACGUUGAACUUGUAUAUCGGGUUUUGUUGUAGAUCUGAUAGUUUAGG